GCGCGUAAAGCCACGUUACCGGAUCAGGUUACCGUCCAACCCAAACAGGAAGAAGCACCAUUUCCUUUCCGAGAAGCAGAAACUUCCUCUCUUCUUCAGACCGGUUCACUGCCGCGUUUCCCUCUGAAAAGGCGGAGUGUUACCCGCUGCCCUCUGGCGCCCCCUGCAGGAGACAUGGAGCGACUGCAGUCCCAGCAGGACAAACUGAGCCAGUGGCUUUCAGCAGAUUCUGGUCACAUCCUCGAUGAGUGCGGAGACAUUUUACGUGUAAAUGAACUUAAAAAGAUAACAGGGCAGCCGAAGGAAGAGCAGAUGAGCCUCCUGCUGGAACUGAUCAUUAGUAAAGGAGCCGACGCCUGUGAGGCGUUCACGGACAUCCUGAGGAGGAACCAGGGACGGUACCAUCAGCUGCAGCAGUUCUUCACAUCCUCCUCUGACGAUUCGGCUGUCGCCUCGAUAUUUGCUGAUGAAAACAGUGUCGUGACCAGCAGAACGCUCCGUAAUGUAAACACGAAAUCUCUCACAUGUAGCGUGGAAACAGUGAGCAGCCCAAGAGGAAACCCAUCCGGUCGUUCUGCAUCAGGCGCUCAGUAUACUGCAACAGGAGGGAGCGUCAUCGUCACUGACAGGAUGGACGGAGUCCAAGCUGGAAACAUAAACUUCUCUGUGAACAUUAAUCCGUCCCUUCAGGUCCCUGCAGCUCCAGCAGGAACUGCCCACAAUCUUUGCCAGCAGCCUGCUGGAAGGACGAUCAAAGAGAAGAAGGUGAAGCUGAUCGAGUGCCUGAUGGCCGAUGCCGACUUCGUCCUGCAGCACGUCGACCAGAAAUCCAUCGUCUCACGCAGAGAAUACCAGAACCUGAAGUUUCCCUCCGGCCCACAGGAAACCGUCACCCGGCUCCUGGAUCUGGUUCUCAGCAAAGGUCCAGGGAAAUGUGGCGACUUCCUUCAGCUUCUCACAGACCCUGAAGUUCUGGACACGUUUCCACCGCUCAGGGACAUCUUGGACAUGACAGAUCAAAGUUAAUAUGUUAAAUAUUAUUUCCUGUUGAAGCUCUAAUGUUAGAGACGGCACUACACUGAUCAUAUCUGUGUCUUUUUUAGGAUGAAUAAUCAGGGUUUCCCCCAGUGUAUUAUAAGCCUGGCGGCCCG